AUGUUCCAGUACAAUAAUGCAAAACCCGGUUCAUAUGAUAUAUCAGAGUUUAAACGAUUGCAAAAGAGUUGUGCAAUUCAUUUAGAUAUUUAUAAAGCACGACUUAAGCGUAAAUAUGCUAACAGCAAAGGCCUAAGGAGACUACGUUACUAUUGUAAAAAAAAAAUAUUUGAUCUGAUCGAUAGAACGGGUGAAGAACGAGCAGGGAUUAGUAGCUUCAAGACAAAACUAAAAGAACGUACAAUUAGAAAAUGGGGUAAACGAGCUAUUUUAAUUUGUUUACUCCCAUUAAUUGGAACAAUAUUGCCAAUUUUUGUUCUAAUCGUCGGCAGCACAGGAAGUGUCAUAGCUACAGCCCUAUAUGGGAUACAUGGUAUUUUUUUCAUAAUACUAAUAUCAAUAAUUUUAUAUGUGCUCAUUUAUGCCAUGGCAAAAGUGGUAAAAUAUCACAGUUUAGAAGCUGGAUUGGAUAAACUGAGUUUUCGGGAAUUUUGUGUUUUCUGGCAUCAUAUAUUUUGGCCUAAAUGGUAA